UCGCAAACAAUAAUAUAUUUUAUCGGGAAUUGAUUAUUGUUUCAGCUAAUAACGAUUUAAACAGAGUGUGUGUGUGUGUGUGUGUGUGAUAGAAUUUCAUAGAAUAUAUCGAACUAAAGUGUAACUAGCGAUAAGUAUCUGUUUAGGAUUUUUUAUCUGUGAUAGGUAUGAAUAUAUAAGUGUAUAAUUUGAACUAAAAUCAUACUACAUGUAACUAAAUUUUUUAUCGAGAUCAACGCGCAAACAAAUAAAAAACAAAUCACCUAUUUUAAGCACUUCGCAAACUGUACAAACUAAAGCAUAUAAACAAGAUGGCUUCUAACCGGCACGCGACUCCACUUAUAAAUCACAAUACGUUUAUUUGUGUUCUCGUCUCCCUUUUGCUUCCAUCUGCGCCAGAGAGCGCGGCGAGGACGUUUGAUGAUAGCCGGCGAAUGCUCAAUGAAGACGGAGGGCGAAGACUGACCCGAGAAUACGAUUUGAGACAAGGUGCACUCAGAGGGAUAAUUGUAAGACCAAGUCGACAAUACGACCUACAAAGCGUUGAAAUGUUUUUGGGUAUACCUUACGCUGCACCACCCGUGGGCAACUUCCGCUUUAUGCCACCUGCUAGUGCACCGUCAUGGUCCGGCGUAAAGAUGGCAACACGAUUUGCUCCUGUAUGUCCACAAUCACUUCCUGCGAAAAAAAAAGAUGAUCCACAGUCUUUGGGUCGGCAGCGUUACAUGGAACGGCUGGAGCCGUUUUUAGCCCAUGAGUCAGAAGACUGUCUGUACCUUAACAUCUAUGUGCCUUAUAGAGAACAAAAACCAAAAAAGUUUCCUGUAUUAGUUUUCAUCCAUGGCGAUUCCUUUGAAUGGAGCACUGGAAAUGCAUACGACGGUAGAAUUUUGGCUUCGUACGGAAAUAUCAUGGUUAUUACCAUAAAUUAUCGUUUGGGUAUUUUAGGUUUUCUGAAGCCAAGCAUGAGUGAAUAUGUAUACAAUAAUAAUGGUCUACUUGAUCAAUUGGCUGCCUUACAAUGGAUUAAGGACAAUAUUGAAGAUCUCAAUGGGGAUCCCAGCUCCGUCACAUUAAUGGGGCACGGGACUGGAGCUGCUUGCGUUAGUUUUCUGAUGCUGUCGCCUAUAUCGAAUGGUCUAUUUCAUCGGGCUAUUCUCAUGUCGGGGUCUGCGUUAUCUGACAGGGCAUUGACUAAAGACCCAACGCAAUACACCUUGCAAGUAGCUCAAAGUUUAGGGUGUAAUCCAACAUCCAAACAAUUAAUGACUUGUUUGCAGAAUAAGCCAUUAUCAGAAAUAAAGAAAAUACAAAUUCUGGCGAGAGAAUUUGAAACUCCGUUAGGACCAGUCGUGGCCGGUUCAUUCAUACCCGACAAGCCUUUCAAAAUUAUGGCUUCUUAUCCUAAUCUCUUGAGCAAGUAUCAACUUCUAAGCGGAGUUACGGAAUAUGAAACCUAUCACGACUUCGGAGCUAUUGAACUUGAACAUGGUAUUUUGGAAACUCAGCGUGACGAAUUCAUUACUAAAUAUAUUAAAUUAAUAUUUGAAGGCGCCGAUGAUGUUCCGAUAAAAUAUAUAUUGAAACAGUAUGCCCCUUCAAAGUUAGAUCCUCAAAGAUGGAGCGUGGAGACGAACCGUGAUGUAAUCCUGAAUCUAUUCAGCGACGCCAGAACCCUGUCACCACUAGUUAGCUUUGCUAAUUAUCACUCAAAAGCAAACUCGCAAUCAUACUUCUAUGUGUUCGGGCAUAAUUCAAUUAGCACACAUUAUGCAGCCCUGAAUAAAAGUGUCCAUGGAGAAGAAUUGCCUUAUGUAUUGGGUGCACCACUGGGAGGUGCAAAUACUCAUUUUCAUUCUGAAUACACCCCGAAAGAAAAACUGCUGAGUGAAGCUAUAAUGAGGUUAUGGACUAACUUCGUAAAAAUCGGGACACCCAAUACGCAAAGUGUAAACGAAUACUUUACCUUAGACCGCAGGCAGUGGGAUCAAUAUAAUGUUGAAUGGCCCGAGUACAACGAGGAGCAUAAAUCGUAUUUAAGAUUAGAUAUUCCGCCUUUAGUAAGCAGUUUUUACAGAUCCCGCUAUACUAAGUUUUGGAUUGACACCUUUCCUAAUAAUAUGACGAAAUUUGUCCGAGACCCAUUAUACGAAUUUACGCCUAUACCGACAACACAAAAGCCAAAAGUGGUUAAUAAAGCACAAGAUCCUAUAAGAAGAAUUUGGACGCCGACUAUCGUUGAUACGCCUCGUGUUAAUCCGCCGAUGUAUGGUAGAGUUAAGCCUUAUUCUCCACCAGUCUAUUCGCCAAAUACUGACGCUAUUUACGAUGAAAUACAAUCAAUAAAAUCACUAUCUAGACCAACAGCACCGAAAAUAAUAGAGAAGAAUACUGUUUAUUCUUCAACUUUAAAGCCCAAAAUCUUAAACGAUGUUCAAGUAAAAACGUCCACGUCCACAAUUACUCUUAUUGUAUCACUGGGUAUACUAUUUUUAGCCGUAAAUGUCGGAAUUUGCACGGUGCUAUUUUUUAAAAAGCGGAAUAUAAAUUUAAGAGAAAACAUGACACAACUUAAUCGUCGUACCCGUGCAAAUAUGGGCGAAGUUGAUAUUAUCCCUCAAAAAAAUCUAAAAGAUGAUAAAAAUGCUCUUCAAACGUUAAAAACUGGAUGUAGUGUUAUAAAGUCAAUGAGCCUUAGUAAAAUGAGAAGCAAUAAUACAGUAAAAAAUAAACAAGAAUCGUGCAAAACGCCUAAGUCAGAUGAUUCAGGUGGCUUCCGAGAGCGAUUUCAACUCAGGAGACAUCUUUCAACUAGUACUUUAGAUGCACACACUAAAGUGAGAGACUGGAUAGCAAAUGAAGUCAUGCAUAGAUGUUCACCUAAAAUUAUGAGAAAAUCGAAUACUGAAAUUAGCCCAAAUAAUUCAUCUGCUGCUCCUAAUAUAUUUACAAGAUCAGAAGAAUUACUACCAAAUUCUAAAACAUUACACAUUAUAGCAGACUUUGAUAGAAAGGGUUCUAUAAGGCAUAAUGCAACUUACGACAAAAACUCUUCAUCUAAAUUUAGUUCAUCAUCUUCUAUUUCUAGUCAAAAAAAGUCAAUUACAUCCAGUAUUAGAAAUACAGCUAAAUCUACGGACUCAAUGAAAAGUAAGGGAACCGAAAGCUCUGCUUCUAAAAAGGUUUCCGUAGCCAUAGACGCAACACCAACAGCUCGAACAAAUUCUAUACUUCAACAAGAACCUAUAGAGUUGAGAAAGUCGUUUACUGACCAAAAACAUUCCGAAAAUGAAAAUAAGGAUACUAAAAUUAAAUUUACUAACGAAGUGACAUUAUCUAUAGACAAAGAUAAGAGUCCUCUAAAAAUAUCUCAUAAACAUUCCACUUCAGAUCCAGUUACAGACAUGAAUUAUGACGUUAUAUUUAAAAACACAACUAAGUCAGAUAAUGGAUUAGAUGACAUACUGCCACCCGUUACGUUCCGAAAUGAUGUUAAUGUUACGUCUAGAAGUGAAAAUGUAGAAGUAGAGCCCUUAUCAACAUCAGAAGCCCUGCUGACAAUUAAGAGGAGGAAUUUCCCGAAAGUUUUGCCUGAUUUACCUCGACUACAAAAAAGAUUUUCUUUGCAGCCUACAGCUCUGCAAACGUUUCGCCAUCAUGAAAACAAUAUAGAAAGUGAUUCAGAUCAUCUUAAAGUUCCUCCACAACCACCUCCACGAACAACAACUUUGGAUCGUCGUCUUGCGUAUAAACAUACAAAACCGUUGUCUUCUUUUGAAUCAUCCGACGCAGGUAGAAAUUUGAAGUUGAAUAAUUAUUUUAUAAACUAUGAAAAUAUUGAAGAUUUAUUAACGCGAAAACCGAGCGCUUAUAAAUGCGGAGAACCCGUUGUGACAUCUCAGAACAGAGAAUAUCCAAAAGUGAUAAUAGCCUCCGACGACGCAAUCAAUAUAUCGAUGUCUGAUUUUAUUCAAGCUUCGCCGAGUUCAACUAUGUCGAGUAACGUACCAAGAGUGAGAUUACCUGACAAUUUUCACACAAGUAACGACUACUCAUUAGCAUCAUUUUCUUCCAUUUGUUCUGACGAUGAUAUCGAUAUUAUGGAAUGUGACUUCACUGAUGAUUUAGGGGAAGACAAACUAAUUCAAGAGUUAGUGGGAGGAGUAGAGUCGCCUAUUAAUUCCGAAGAUAUGUUAGAUUCUAAGGGCCCUGCAACAAUAUAUGAGAAAAAAAUGGAAAUAGUUCCAGUGAAAGUAAAUACUUAUACGGUCCCAAAAUCAAAAGAAAAUUAUGUGUGCAUAACAGAUUUACAACUGCCGCAUGACUCAUGUAUUGAAAAAACAGCUCAAAUUAAACCUAACUACGGCAUAAAUAAAUUACAACAAAGAAGUGAGAGCAUACACGCGCCCCCAGAAAAAGCAGUAAAAGUGAUACAGAAAAGUUUUAUAAGGCCUUCGACGAUAUUAAACCGAAGUUUAAAAAGCACAAUAAGUAACGAUAAAGCUGAUAAAAACAAACUAGAACAUUCCAACUCCGGUUCAUCUAACGAUACUGAAGCUAGUACUGGUACAGUGAAGAAAAUGGAUAUUCAAAAGUAGAGCGUCUCGAAACUACGUCUUCGAAAUAAAUACUUUACGUAAAACAAACCUGUGAUCUCGUGGGAGCAAAUCAACCGAAGAACUAUUAUCACUUAUUUCGCAUUUACGAGAGAAAAUGAGUGUAAAAAGAUAGUGCCGCCAUAAGACGCAUUAUUACAUAGAUUUAUUAUAAUAUCGAUUUACUGUCACUAAACAUGAAUGAUUAGACUUAUAUUGACCGGGAUAUAGACCGUGAUUACCUUUUUGAUUUUUGUCGAGCUCCCGAUAUUUUGACGCAGUUGCAUGCAUCAUGA